AUGAUCGACUACCAUCUUGCCAGCGCCAUAAACAAGACGUUUGCGGAAAUCAUGGAGCUCAGGCCGCUCGAGCUCCCUAGAACUCCUAAAAAUGUUUCGGUGUACCAAUCAACGGUGCAGCCAUUCCAGCCGAUGAAGGGCUUCUCCGGUGUUUUUGGAGGCCACGUACUGGCCCAGGUAGUUGUAGCAGGUUCAAUGACGACCGAUAUCAAGCAGGUCUGCCACUCGCUUCACGGCUACUUUCUGGAACGGGGCAACCCACUAAUCCCAUUUAUCUUUACUGUUGAGAAGCUGCGGGAUGGAGGUAGGUUUGCGAACCGCGAAAUCCGCGUUUACCAAUGCGACGAAGACAAACUUGCGGACUUCUCCUACGAUAAGAAGGACAUGAUUUUCUUCUCCUUGCUAUCGUUCAAGUCUGCUGAGAAAGAUAGCCUCUGCUACAAUGCACCCUAUCCUGAGAAGUACGCUCGUCCCGACCACGAGAUUAUCACCAUGGAGCCCGCCAACGAUUUCGACGCCCCGGUGAUUCUGGACUUUGCCCGAGAAUUUGGUAUUGAAAGCCAAUGGCAUACCAUCGACUGUAGAAAGAUGGAUACUACUGAGUCCAAUAAAGAGAUUCCAAUUCUUUCUGAUAGGCGUAUCAUACACUAUUUCCGAUCGCCAUUCAGGCUACCUAAUCAGAUCAACAUCCAUGUCGCCCUCCUGUUGUACAUCUCUGAUCGAAACUCUCUGUUCACGUUGAUCAAUAUUCAGGACGACCCUUACCUCCAUAUUGAGAAGAUUGCAUCUAUUGAUCACCAAUUUGUUUUGCACAGACUCGACGCCAUGGUUGAUGAUGAUUAUAUUAUGAUGGAAACUUGGUCUGAUGCAGCUGGCGACGGCCGCGGUCUCUACAAUGGACGUAUGUUUGACAGUAAGAAAAGACUGAUUGCCAGCUUCGCGCAGGAUGGCGUGGUACGCGGGAUCUCAAUUAUUCUUGGUCUACUUCAAGCCUUGAUAUCGCCAUGUCCCAGAGGCACUCACUGCUUUGUCAUUAUGAGUGAAAAAUCCGGCAGAGUUCGAAAAGUGGUUUCUGAUGCAUCCAAAUUGCCUGAAUCUAGCGACCCUAAAGAGAUUUUGAAGCAGGUGGAGUUUUAUUUCAGUGACGAAAAUCUUCCGAAAGAUAAAUUUUUGUUCCAAACCGCCGAGAAAAACGAUGGCUGGGUCCCUAUCGAUACCAUCCACAAAUUUUCUCGCAUGCGCCGAUUCCAGCCCUUGGAAGCUGUUGUUGCGGCGCUGAAGCAAAGUGAAAAGCUCUUGGAGGUUUCUGAGGACGAUAAGAAUGUUCGUCGCCGCAUUCCGCUGCAAGAGCCCAAGCCUGAAAUCAAAAAGGACGCUUUCAACCGUACCAUUUAUGCCAAAGGGUUUGGCGAUGAAACCGAGACUACUCAGUUUGAUCUUGAAACUUUCUUCGAACAGUUUGGACCUACCAAGCAGGUCAGACUGCGCCGCACUGAUGAUGGUUCGUUCAAAUCGUCUGUUUUCGUUGAGUUUGCCAACGCCGAGGAUGUCAAGAAGUUCUUGGAGCUCGAUCCUAAGCCCCAGUACAACGGCCAGGAACUUCUCACCAUGUCAAAGGUGGCCUAUGUUGAGAUGAAGGCUGCUGAGCAUGGUUUCACCGCCAAUGCUAACGGUAAACGUCGCAAGUUCAAUGCUUUCAAGAACAAGAACGCUCGGGGACCCCACGGUACUAAGCGCCGCAAUGACCGUAAUGAAGAGAAUGAGGCCAAGCGUGGGAAGACUGAGUCUGAAGGCUCUUCUGAGCCUAGCGAGAAGCAGGCUGCCGAGCCCGUGGAGCCCACAACCGAGACCCCUGCUUCGGAGUAA